CUCGCAAUUCGCAAUUUCUCAACCUCGCUUCGGCCUCUUUCGUUAAGAUUUCUUGCCCGACUGUGUGCUCUCAAACCUCUCUUUCUCUCUCUGGUCACCUCACUGGAUUUCUCUUCCUACGCCAAUCAAUCCCUUUUGGCAUACACAACACAGGCCCAUGGCUUUGCAGGAAGAUGGAUGGCCUCUUGGCCUAAGACCAGUUAAUGCAAGAGUUGAGUUGCUAAGGAAUCGGGAUUUCAAUGGAUCAAUUUCAUUCAGCACUCUGCUCACUGGUUCUCCUAGCUCCAUCACCGAUUCUUCCUCCGAUCUUGAUACAGAGUCUACUGCAUCUUUCUUCCAUGACGAGAGCAUUACACUUGGGAGCCUCAUUGGAGUUUCUAGCAUUCUGGAGCUCUCAAGAAGGUCAACUAGGAGAAGAACAGCAGAGACAUUAAGAGACCAGAAGAAUUGCAAGUCAAAACAUUGUUUCUUCUCACUAUGCUCAAAGUUGAGCACUGAUGCUGAUAACAAAAACCACACUCCUUCUCUUGGUCACUUUCUUGAAGAAGAGAGGAGAGCAGCCAGCAUUCACAGAAGAGACAUCCCAGUAGCAUAUGGACCUAAUGAUUUCUCCCCAGUUCUACCCAAUUCAAACACGAAGUCCCUCUUUGUCGGUGAUCAAAUUGCUCCUCAAUCAAGUUCUUCAAUGGGGGUGAAUGAGAGGAGAAGAUCCAACACAGAAUUAUUAGAACAUCGCAAUGGGUAUGGACUUCCAUUAUUGUUUACAUGUUUGUGUGGACAACUUAUUGAAUGAUGAGUUCCUGUUGAACAAUUCUUUAUGUUUAUUUUUUAUUGGGUUCUGUUAAUCACAUUGCAGGUCUUGCAUAGGAAAGUUCUAACUUCUUUUUAGAA